GUUUCGGAUGUGCAUAUAAUUUAUAUAAAAAUACAUGCUUUGAAACUGUGGAAAAUUGGGAUAAAAUUAGUAAACUACUUUUGAAAUUUUAAUGUGAAUUAAACAUUCCAGAAUUAAAUAAAAUAUUCAUAAGUGGAAUUGCUAGCCAAAAUGCCUGAGAUUAAAGUUACUCCCCUGGGAGCUGGCCAGGAUGUCGGCAGGAGUUGUAUUUUACUGUCAAUGGGAGGAAAGAACAUUAUGCUGGAUUGUGGUAUGCAUAUGGGAUAUAAUGAUGAACGCCGAUUUCCUGAUUUUUCGUACAUCGUACCAGAAGGCCCUAUUACAAGCCAGAUAGACUGCGUCAUUAUAUCACACUUCCACCUCGACCACUGCGGGGCUCUGCCGUACAUGUCCGAAAUGGUCGGCUACACAGGACCUAUCUAUAUGACACACCCAACGAAAGCCAUAGCCCCAAUUCUCCUUGAAGACAUGAGGAAAGUAGCAGUGGAGAGGAAAGGUGAGUCUAAUUUCUUCACAUCCCAAAUGAUUAAAGAUUGCAUAAAGAAAGUUACAGCUGUGACCCUACAUCAGUCUGUGAUGGUUGAUAGUGAAUUAGAAAUUAAGGCAUAUUAUGCUGGACAUGUGCUCGGCGCUGCCAUGUUUUGGAUAAGGGUAGGAUCACAAUCUGUUGUGUACACUGGAGAUUAUAACAUGACUCCUGACCGUCAUUUAGGUGCAGCAUGGAUAGAUAAAUGCCGCCCGGAUUUGCUGAUAUCAGAGUCAACAUAUGCUACUACCAUAAGAGAUUCAAAACGCUGCCGUGAAAGAGAUUUUCUUAAAAAAGUCCAUGAAUGUGUCGAAAAGGGUGGCAAAGUACUAAUUCCUGUAUUUGCUUUGGGUAGAGCCCAAGAAUUAUGUAUAUUAUUAGAAACGUACUGGGAACGGAUGAAUUUAAAAUAUCCAGUAUACUUUGCACUCGGUUUGACUGAGAAAGCUAAUAAUUACUACAAAAUGUUUAUAACAUGGACUAAUCAGAAGAUUCGUAAAACGUUUGUGCAGAGAAAUAUGUUUGACUUCAAACAUAUCAAACCUUUUGACAAAUCCUACAUAGACAAUCCUGGAGCAAUGGUUGUAUUUGCUACACCAGGCAUGUUGCAUGCUGGUUUAUCACUCAAUAUUUUCAAGAAAUGGGCACCCUAUGAGCAAAAUAUGUUGAUAAUGCCUGGAUUUUGCGUACAAGGCACUGUAGGUCAUAAAAUAGUUAACGGAGCAAAGAAAAUCGAAUUUGAGAAUCGUCAAGUUGUUGAAGUGAAAAUGGCAGUAGAAUACAUGUCUUUCUCUGCGCAUGCUGAUGCCAAAGGUAUAAUGCAAUUGAUACAAUACUGUGAACCUAAAAAUGUGUUACUGGUUCACGGAGAAGCUCAGAAGAUGGAGUUCUUGAAAGACAAGAUUGAAAAGGAGUUUAAUGUCAACUGUUACAUGCCAGCUAAUGGUGAAACAGCUAUUAUAAACACUCCAGUCAAAAUUCCAAUUGAUGUUUCUCUAAGGUUAUUAAAAGCGGAGGCUGUGAGGUACAAUGCGCAACCACCGGACCCGAAGCGCCGACGGGUUGUUCACGGAAUCUUAUGCGUCAAAGACAAUAGACUAUCGUUUUUAGAUAUCGAUGAGGUGUGUGAGGAAAUCGGUAUAACGAGGCAUGUUAUUCGUUUCACGAGUACAGUACGAUUUGACGACCCCGGCCCAGCCGUAAAAACUGCGGAAAAAUUGAAGGCGUUACUAGCUGAGAAGUUACAAGGCUGGUCCAUAACCAUAUCGGAUGGCAACAUAUCAGUAGAAUCCGUUCUCAUUAAAGUUGAAGGUGAUGAUGAUAACACGAAAAAUAUUUACGUGUCAUGGACAAAUCAAGAUGAAGAUUUAGGUAGUUACAUUUUGGGAUUACUGCAAACUAUGGUGCAGUGAUCUUAGUCAAUAAGAAUACUGUUAUUUUCGAAAGGUUUAUUUUUGGAUAGAAAUAAAUAAUGUUGAAAAACAA